UUUUUUAAGAGCACCUCUACUCUUCAAAACUUGUUUACUUGUUUGAAUUUACACAGCAGAACGGUUUUUCUGAGUAAUGGCCGCGCUCAGAACCAUUGCCUGAUGCUCCGGAGAGAUGAAUUGCAGAUGAGUUUCCCUUCCACCUUUGGAUGAAUCUCUGGAGUUUAAAUUGUAGCAAAGAAGUGGGAAAAAAACACGAUGAAAGAGAAGUCCAAAAAUGCUGCCCGGACUAGACGGGAGAAAGAAAACAGUGAAUUUUAUGAACUGGCUAAAUUACUACCCCUGCCCUCCGCUAUCACCUCUCAGCUGGACAAAGCAUCCAUAAUCAGACUCACCACCAGCUAUUUAAAAAUGAGAGUGGUUUUUCCAGAAGGACUUGGAGAAGCCUGGGGCCACUCCAGCCGAACCAGCCCACUAGAUAAUGUCGGACGGGAACUGGGAUCCCAUCUUUUGCAGACGUUGGACGGUUUCAUAUUUGUUGUGGCUCCGGAUGGCAAGAUCAUGUACAUCUCAGAGACUGCCUCGGUGCACCUAGGCUUGUCGCAGGUAGAGCUGACCGGCAACAGCAUUUACGAGUACAUCCACCCCGCCGACCAUGACGAGAUGACGGCGGUGCUGACGGCGCACCAGCCUUACCACUCUCACUUCGUGCAGGAGUACGAGAUCGAGAGAUCCUUUUUCCUGAGGAUGAAGUGCGUCCUGGCCAAGAGGAACGCGGGCCUCACCUGCGGGGGCUACAAGGUCAUUCACUGCAGCGGGUACCUGAAGAUCCGCCAGUACAGCCUGGACAUGUCUCCCUUCGACGGCUGCUAUCAAAAUGUUGGCUUGGUCGCCGUGGGCCACUCGCUACCGCCCAGCGCCGUGACUGAGAUCAAGCUCCACAGCAAUAUGUUCAUGUUUCGGGCCAGCCUAGACAUGAAGCUCAUAUUCUUAGAUUCCAGGGUAGCUGAGCUAACAGGUUACGAGCCCCAGGACUUGAUAGAGAAGACCCUUUAUCACCACGUCCAUGGCUGUGAUACCUUUCACCUGCGUUGCGCACAUCACUUGUUGCUGGUGAAAGGACAAGUGACCACCAAGUACUACCGCUUCUUGGCCAAGCACGGCGGCUGGGUGUGGGUGCAGAGCUACGCCACCAUCGUGCACAACAGCCGCUCCUCCCGCCCGCACUGCAUCGUCAGCGUCAACUACGUGCUCACGUGA